AUGGUGACCGUCAAGCACAAGGAGGCGGUUCACCGCGUGUCGUCAGAUCAUUCGCCCGGCCUCCACCAAACCUCCCAUGCCCACCAUUCCUCCCCUCCCCACCAAACCCCCCCUCCGCAUCUACAGCACCCCACUCUUAUCAACCACCACUCACCGCCUUACCAGACCUCCCCCCUGCACCAUACGCCGCGGGCGACGCUUGCGCAUUCCGGUGAAGCCGACGCCAGCCCGCUCUCCGCGCAUUCCCUUUCCGCGCAACCUCUUUCCGCGCGCCAUCGCCGCCGUGCGCAUUCCUCCGCGCACGCGGGUCCCGACCUGCUCCUGUCCACCGGGCGGCUGUUGCUGCUGCUGGCGAUCGUAAUCGCCUUCGUGUUCCUUUACUCCGAGCUCGAAUCGCGAAUAGACCUCGAUGACGAUCCGCUGGGAGAGGAGAAGAGUUUCAGACGGGAAAGCCGAAACGGUAACGGUAACGGUAACGGAGGUGGAAACGGAAACGGAGGCGCGGGAGGGUUGGCAAGAUGGGGGUUGGCGGAAGGGUCGGAGGAGCCAUGGCGGCAUAGAGGGUUGGGGGAUUUCGGGAAUCAGAGCGUUUCGGAUAUCCUAAGCGCGGUGAUGGCAGAGGAAAGUAACGGGGAUAGUGACAAUAACGGGGCCGAGGAGAGCGGGGAUGAAGAGGCAGCCCAGGCUCGGGUCACUGAUCGGUGGUCCGUAGGGUCUGAUAAGCAGUCUGAUAAUCGGUCAGGGGGGUUAGAUAAGAGGUCCGAUACGAGGCUAUCAGAGGUUGGCCCGAGCUUAGAGGAGCGGCGGCAGUUGCUUCUACUGGAGCGUGACCAUAAAGGGGUUUUGGCCGUGUCUCACCAUAAGCACACGGGACUCGACGGGCAUGGGGCGAAAGGACACGGAAGGUCGCUAGAAGAUUCGGGGUCCGGCGGUGCUGACGUCAGCGGCAGCGGCAGCGGAAGCCGCACCGGCAGCGGAAGCCGCAGCGGCAGCGGCGGCGGCGGCGGAAGAAGUGGGGCCGGAAGGGGGGGAAAGGAGGUGGAGGAGGAAGAGGAGGUGUUUGAUAUGUACGAGGCUUCGUUAGACGAGCAGGUGGCACAGGACAUCACUAUAGUCAUCUCCGCUAAGCACACCUUUAGCUCCGCGCCCGCGCAGCUGGAUGCGGUGCUGCGCAACACCCCCCCCUCCCCCGUCGUGUACCUGCUCUCCGCGGACAUGCCCGCGUGCGUGCGCGCGCACGUGCUGCGGCGGAAGCGCGAGGCGGACGCGGGGAUGUGGCGCGGGAACGCGGUGCUGCGCGGAUCGCCUGCCGCGGACGGGUCCGUGCAGUACCAGCAGCAGCAGGAGCGGCGCAUGGAGAUUAAAGACGUUGGGCGCCACGCGAGCGGGUUCGCGAUGCGAAACGCGUCAGUGGAGCUAAUAAAGACUAAAUACGCAUUAUUCAUAUUCUCAGACGUGUUCCCCCUAGGUCACCGGUGGUUACAGAAGCUGUAUAUGUUUGCUGAGGCUAGGGGGGGAGAGGGGGUGAUUUUCCUGCCGUUCCUGUGGGAGCAGUCCGGCGGAGGCUCGGCACCGAGCUUCAAAGGAAUGAUGUCCAUGGAUGGAAUGGUGGAAGGCGGAGGGGGGAGCGGAGGCGGAAACGGAGGGGGAAGCGGAGGAGGAAGCGGAGGGGAGGCCGACGGGGACGAGAGUGGUAUCAACGGCAGCAGCAGCGGCGGCGGCAGCGGUGAUAACGGUGGCAGGGAGCUAGGGCACGCGCGGAAGACGCACACGGGCAGCAGGUGCAAGGCGGAGGGGGAGAGCAUGCGCCUGCACGCCGCGUUUGGCGCAGACAUGAUCCUGGACGACUUUAGCAACGACGGGAAGCUGUACCCUCAGCCUAUAGAGGACCCGCAAGUCGCCGCCGCGUUAGACCCAACGCUGCUCGACCCGAGGGAAUCAGCCGUGGGUAUAGAGGAUCACUGUUUGCUGGUGCGGCACUCGUUUCUGCUGGAGGCACAGGUGUUUGACCCCCAGGUCGGGUAUACCCGGCAGGAUUUGGAUAUUGCACUUACGACGAGGUAUUUCAACUAUAAGGCGUUUCUGGUGCCGCAGUCGGUGGUGGUAUACCACCAGCCGUCGACCAGUAUACGGACCACUGACCUGGUGUAUUUUGUUAGUCAAAGUGGGGACGAUGUGUGCACGGCGAACCAGGUGUUUCUGCGGCACAAGUGGGGGGUGAUUGUGGGGCAGCGGUGCAGAGGGUUUGUGGAUGCGGCGCUCAGGGGCCUGAUGUGGGUGGCGGAGGGGGACGCGGGGACGGAUAUGCGCGCGCAGGUGCAGGCAGAGGGGGGUCGUGGGGGGGACUUGGGCGCGCAGGCGGAAGGGGAGAGUGCAGGGGCGGCAAGCGUUGCUGGCACUGACACUCGCCGCUUCUUCCUCCCAGCCUCCCAGAGCGAGCAGGCUCGCCUCAUCCUUGCGUUCUUCUCUCUAACCGGUUUCAACCGCUUUCAAAUGCGUCAUCUGCCCUUCUGGGGCUCCCUCCCUCCCGCCCCGUCAGUGCCCUGCCUUGUCCGCGAUAAGACGGUCUGUGAUUCGUCCAUUCCUUGGAUGGCUGCUGCUAGCGGGUUUGUACCCUUUGUAGAGCAACUCGGUUCUCUGCACGAGUUCUUGGAGGAGUAUGGGAGAUUGGGCCUGCUGGCACGCGAGCAGGAGAGAGCGGCUGCCAGUGCCAUGCAGCAGCGACCGAGUGACACGAGCGCCCGGUUACCAGCAGGUAACACGAGCAUCCAGUUACCAGCCGGUAACACAAGCCGUUUGUUACGCACAAGCAGCACGCGCCGCCUGCUAGCCAGCAGCAGCGACCCACCCCCAGCAGUCACAGGCGAUCCGCAGCUGUGGAUGGGCCGAGUAGAGGAAUUCCCUCCUCUCCGAGUCAACCGAGUGGAGGACCUAUGGAGAUCAUCCUCCCUGCGGGACGGGCAGCUGUUCACAGUGCGGCGCAGCCUCGUGAAGAAAAACGAGAAGCACCCGGGGCGGAGGGCGCCGGAUUUGCCAGUGCUGACGCGCAUGUACGUGCCGUUCGUGCUCGUAGAGGCCGAGAUGGAGGUGCCGAUUAUUCCUGCUGGCCGGAAGAGCAGCAGCAACAGCAGCAACAGAGGUGGCAGUGGGGAUGCUGUGGGUGGUGGUGGUGAGAGCGUGGGUGCUGGGGAUGGUGCUGAUGGGAUGGGUGCGGAAGGGGUGGCAGAGGGGGACAGGGUGGGGGGGGAGAGCAGCGCCAAGGGCAUUGCUCGCUCGUGCAUGUUCAAUGGCAUGUCUGUAGUCAUCGAAGAAAAGUGUUUUUUCCCUAACGGACCCACUGCAAGCAGUAGAGGCACCCUCCUAGGUCCCCCAGGCUCGCACGUCGGCCCGGCGCGCCCGUGCCUGCGCUCGGCGCGGUACUUCCGAGCCUGGAUGUACGUCCGGCAUGUGGAGAUGGACCGAACGCCCCUCUUCAUGUUCGACCGCUUCCGACGUACCCUCCGCCGGUCCCUCUCGGCCCGCAGAGGCGGCGGGUGGAUCGACGCGAAGCACAUGGUGUGGCUGUCGCGGUGCCUACGGCCGGUGGUGAGGAGGGUGCGGAUUGUGCGGUGUGUGGCGGGGACGGGGGACCCGUGCGCUGUGGCGUGGCAGGUGGGGGCCGUGCCGGACGCGUGGAGGUUGGUGCUGUGGGCGUGGCGACCGCAGAGCGUGCGGACGGCGCAGGUGGCUCUGAUGGCUCGGGAUACUCAACCUGUUGCCGCUCAGCACCCGUCGCCGUUUCGCUACAACCGCCUUCCUCCCGACGGCUCUGUCCUCCCGUUGCCAUCCGACUCCGAAUCCAGCCCCACCUCGUCCUCUUCCGCCUCCGCCCCCGCCUUGCGCGCAUCCCGAUUCAACGCUCCCGCUGCCUCCUCCGCAUCCCAUUCCUCCCCGCUUUCCGCCGACCCCUCGCCCUCUCACUCCCACUCCCUCUCCCCCUCCUCCCCCUCACCCUCCUCCCCCUCCUCCCCCUCACCCUCCUCCCCCUCCUCCUCCUCCACCACCAUCGCCGACCUUCCCGACGACUGUCUCGCGCUCGUCUUUUCUCACCUCACCUCGCCUCGCGAUUGGCUCGCGGCGGCGUGCGCGUGUCACCGCUGGCGCUACGCCGCCAAUGACGGCAUCCGCACGCUCUCGCUCUCCGAAUCCGCCAUUCACAGCCUGCCAGGUGGCCUCGCCUGCGGCCUCCACAGAUUCCGUCAGCUGGCGUCGCUCGAGGUCCCCGCGCCGUGCAUGUCCCCCGGGAUCGCGUCCACGCUUGCCACGUGUCCGCAUCUGACGGCCCUCCAUCUCGUGCCGCUACGGCGCGUUCUCGCGCAUAAGUUCACGAGGCACGAUGUUUUCCCACUGCCUGAGGAGCUCGGCCAGGUCACGCAGCUGCAAUACCUGAGGGUUAUGAGCGAGAUGGUGGCUGAAAUUCCGAAUUCCGUUUGUCAUCUGCCCCUUCUCCGUACACUGCACCUAGAUUCGUGCCUGAAGCUGAAAGCCCUGCCCGCAGAAAUUGGGCAGCUUGGUGAUUUGGAGGAGCUGAAGAUCACAGAGUGCCGGGCUAUUUCAGAGCUGCCCGAGUCUCUGGGCAGCCUGUCGCGGCUCCGGACGCUGAUUCUCAAUCAAUGCACGAGUCUUGCGAAGCUGCCCGAAUCCCUCUCCUCCCUGGCUUCGCUGGAAACUUUUGAGGUCGCUGCAUGCAACAAGCUGAACCAGCUGCCCAAAGGGUUUUCCCACCUGCCCAACCUCCUGGUGCUCCGCCUGACCGGGUUUGAAACUCUUCAACCAAUCCCGGAAAUUGCAAUCAAGUUUCACGACCUGCGAGUGCUCCACAUGGGGUGGGCGGCAGCAGAAAUCCCCUUUUCUUGGUCCCUCUUCCACGACCUUCAAGAUCUUUCGCUCGCCUGCCCGCUGACCGAAAUCGACGAUCUCAGCCUGCUGCCCUUGUCCCGGCUCACCUCACUUGAGGUCACACACUCGCGCUACCUCACCGCCCUCCCCUCCUCCAUCUGCUCCCUCUCCUCCCUCACUCUCCUCCGCCUUAACGUCUGCUCCAAGCUCGCCUCCCUCCCCACCAACAUCGGCUCGUUGACUCUCCUCCGCUCACUUGAACUUAAGAAGUGCCUGUCGCUCUCCGCUCUGCCGGAUAGCUUGGCGAGUCUGCUCUGCUUGGAUUCUGUCAUAAUCAAGGACUGCCAUUCGUUGAAGUGUCUGCCGGAGAAUUUCGGGCAGCUGGGGAAAUUGCGGUCCAUGCAGCUGGUGAAUUGCCCGGUUUUACAGGACCUGCCCGCGUCUUUCGGGCAGCUCUUGUCGCUGCAGGCACUGGAGAUCUGGAACUGCAAAGCGCUGGUGGGUCUGCCCGACUCUUUCGGGCAGCUCGAAAAGCUGAAGAAGCUUCGCAUGAUUGGCUGUAACUCGGUCCUCGCCCUGCCGGAGAACUUCGGGCAGCUGAAAUCUCUUGAGUUCCUGGAGCUGCUCGACCUUCUGCGGGUAGAAAUCCUUCCCGGCACAUUCGGUGAUCUUUCAACUCUGCAGUCACUGACCCUUCGCCUGCCCGGAAUCACACAGCUGCCGCCCUCUUUCGGGCAGCUCGCGUCGCUCCAUUGGCUUGUGCUGCUCAGCAUGCCAAACCUUUCCAACCUGCCCGAGACCUUGGGCACCCUCUCGGCACUCAAGCAGCUGGAGUGUGUGUCCUGCACGUCUCUCCGCCAGGUGCCCGAGUCUCUCGGGCAGUUAAAGAAUCUUUCGGAGAUGGACUUUCAGUGGAUCCCUGUUCCAAGCCUCCCUGCUUCGCUCGGCUCCCUGUCUAGACUCCAGUCUCUGCUGCUGACCGGGCUGACCAACCUGCGUGCGCUGCCCGCAUCCAUCGGGCAGCUGGAAAACCUCAAGAAGCUGAAGCUGAUGAGCCUGUCGCAGCUCUCCACUCUGCCCGACUCGUUCGGCGAGCUGACCAGCCUCCGAAUCCUAGUCAUAUCCCACGUCCCCCUCACCGCCCUCCCUGCAAAUUUCACCUUCCCUUCCCUCCUCUCCCUCACCAUCACCCACACCAAGCUCUCCACUCUCCCGCCGUCCUUCUCCUCGCUCACAUCCCUCCGCCUGCUCCACAUUGCACACUGCCCCACACUCCGCGCCCUCCCAUGGGAUCUUGGCAACCUCUCUUCUCUCCACACCCUCCGCAUCCUCUCCCUCCCCCUCCGCUCGCUCCCUGAUUCUACCGGAUCACUCGCCAAGCUUCAAGAGCUUGAGCUGCAGGACCUUCCAAUCUGCUCCGUGGAUUUUCUGGGCAAGAUGAAGCGGAGAGUAUCGGCGAGCAGAGUAAUGGCGUCGGAUGAGUCGUCGUCGCGUAUUCAGCUCUACUCUCUGGCCACCCCGAACGGUCAAAAGGUGAGCAUCGCAUUGGAGGAGAUGGAGAUACCGUACGAUGCGCACACCAUCAACAUCUUGAAGGACGAGCAAUUCACGCCCGAGUUCAUCGCCAUCAACCCCAACAGCAAGAUACCCGCCAUCGUGGAUCUUAAGGGAACGCCAGACGGCACCCCGUUGAAGAUAUUUGAGAGCGGGGCCAUCCUGCUGUAUUUGGCGGAGAAGUCGGGCAAGUUUCUGCCGCAGGAUGCCGUGCAGCGAUGGGAGACCCUCUCCUGGCUCUUCUUCCAAAUGGGUGGUGUCGGUCCCAUGUUCGGCCAGUUUGGUCAUUUCUUCAAGUACGCUCGCGACAAGUGCGACCACCCGUACCCCACCGAACGCUACACCAACGAGGUGCGGCGGCUGCUGGGGGUGCUGGAGAAGCGGCUGGAAGGGAGGGAAUUCCUCAUUGAUGCUGGAUAUACCAUCGCUGACAUGGCCAUCUUCCCCUGGGUCAUCUGCCUCAAGAAACAUUAUAAUGGCGAGGAGCAGCUGAAACUGGAGGAGUUUCCAAAGGUGCAUGCAUGGACAGAGAGCAUCGGUCUCUACUCGCUGGGGCUGCAUGGCUCGUCUCUGAGAGCCCUCGCCCUCUUGAGUCGCCUUGAAUUCGUUGACCUCGAGAGCAACGCCUUUCACUGCCGCCUGCCAAAGUCUCUCUCCCGCCUCCUCCGUCUCACCUACCUGGACAUAUCCAAGAACCUUCUCUAUGGCUCGCUCCCAGACCUCUCCCCCCUGCCUCUCCAGUUCCUAUUCCUCGACCACAACCGCGCCGCCCCCACCUCCGCCCCUGCCGCUGCCCCUGCCCCUGCCCCUGCCCCUGGCUCUCCCUCUGCCACUGCCCCGCCCUCUACCUCUGCUCCUGCCGCUGCUUCUGCCUCUGGGCCAACACUGCGCGGAGGGCUUACUUCCCCUGCUCCGCGUGCGCAAAGGUGGUGUGGCCUCACGGGAGGGAUACCGGCAGGGCUGGCGAAUGUGACCACGCUGCGUGCCCUCGACCUGUCAUUCAACUCCUUGUCUGGCGCCAUCCCUGCCGCCCUCACAUCUCGCCUCACUCGCCUGCUGCAUCUGGGACUACAGAGCAACCAGCUGUCAGGCGCCAUUCCACCCCUGGACCAGCUGAAGCAGCUAGCAACGCUCCAGCUGGCCUUCAACCCCUUCACACCAGCGCCCUUCCCCCCUUCCAUUCCUCGCCUCACCUCCCUGGUUCUCGUGCUCGAUCUCUCCGCCAUCAACUUCCAGGGUCCCCUCCCGGACCUCUCUGCUCUUGUUGGCGUCUCCGAUCUGCUCCUCGACUUUAACAGCCUUGAUGGGCCGUUGGAUCCGUCCUUCUUGCCCUCUGGACGGCUGGGAUUCUUUUCAGCUCACAGCAACAACUUUUCCGGACCCAUCAGCCCGAAGCUAGCCAUCCCCCUGGCGUCGCCCAUCUUCUCCAUUCUCGACUCGGGGCUCAUCCUCGCCAACAAUUCCUUUUCGGGCAGCCUCCCGGGCAGCCUGGGCAGGCUGGUGCAGGCGUACGUGGUUGACGUGUCACACAACCAUUUGUCGGGCCGCAUCCCUCCUGCCUUCGGCACUCUGUACCAGCUCACCCGCUUCCUCCUCAACGGCAAUGCAUUCACCGGCGCCAUCCCCACUGAGCUGGGCAUAGCCACCGGCCUCAGGGUGUUACGGCUCGCUGGUAACCGCCUCUCCGGCACCAUCCCUGCCACGUUCACCGCCCUGACGCGGCUUCAGGAACUUGACCUCAGCCGAAACCACCUCGUUGCUUCCCUCCCCGACCUCUCCACCUCCCUGCACCGCCUCACACUCCUCAAUACCUCUCGCAACUUCCUCUCAGGGCCCCUGCCCUCCUACCUCCCUGCCUCCCUCCUAUCCCUCGAUCUCUCUAACAACUUUUACUCGGGCAGCCUGCCUGGGUCGUCUGAUUGGCUGCCUGAAAAUGCAACUGCCCGACUGCAUGGGAAUUGCCUGCAGCUGCCAUCCUGCCCUGUGCCUCCGAACCUGAGGUCCAGCCUUGUGGCCGUGGCUACUGCGUUCCCUCCUCAUCUCUCUGUUCUUCUCCUCUCCAUCUUUUUUCUCCUAUCCCACAUGCACUACAGUGGCCGUGGCUACUGCGUUCCCUCCUCAUCUCUCUGUUCUUCUCCUCUCCAUCUUUUUUCUCCCAUCCCACAUGCACUACAGUGGCCGUGGCUACUGCGUUCCCUCCUCUUCCACCCAGAGAAGGUUGGCUGGAAGUGCAUUUCACUGCAGCAACAGCAGCAGCAGCAAUGGCAGCAGCAACAGCAGCAGCAGCAAUGGCAGCAGCAACAGCAGCAGCGAUAG